GACUACGGGAAUGGCUUGGAGUCUGAGGAACUGGAGCCUGGGGAGCUGUUGCUGGAGCCCGAGCCGGAGCCCGAGCCCGAAGAGGAGCCGCCCCGGCCCCGCGCCCCCCCCUCCGGGAGCUCCGGGCCCUGGGCCUGGCUCGGGAGCCCCCGGCAGCCAGGAGGAGGAGGAGGAGCCGGGACUGGUCGAGGGUGACCCGGGGGACGGCGCCAUUGAAGACCCGGAGCUGGAAGCGAUCAAAGCUCGAGUCAGGGAGAUGGAGGAAGAAGCUGAGAAGCUAAAGGAGUUACAGAACGAAGUAGAGAAGCAGAUGAAUAUGAGUCCACCUCCAGGCAAUGCUGGCCCAGUGAUCAUGUCCAUUGAGGAGAAGAUGGAGGCUGAUGCCCGAUCCAUCUAUGUUGGCAAUGUGGACUAUGGUGCAACGGCAGAAGAGCUGGAAGCUCACUUUCAUGGCUGUGGUUCAGUCAAUCGUGUUACUAUACUCUGUGACAAAUUCAGUGGCCAUCCCAAAGGAUUUGCAUAUAUAGAAUUCUCAGGCAAAGAAUCGGUGAGGACUUCCCUGGCCUUAGAUGAAUCCCUAUUUAGAGGAAGACAAAUCAAGGUGAUCCCAAAACGAACCAACAGACCAGGCAUCAGCACAACAGACAGGGGUUUCCCACGAGCCCGCUGCCGUGCCAGGACCACCAACUACAACAGUUCGCGUUCUCGAUUCUACAGUGGUUUUAACAGCAGGCCCCGGAGUCGCGUCUACAGGGGCCGGGCUAGAGCGACAUCAUGGUAUUCCCCUUACUAAAAAAAGUGUGUAUUAGGAGGAGAGAGAGGAAAAAAAGAGGA